GGGAGGCUGUUGCCACCACUACCGCCACUCUUUAUCUCUCCGCUACACAGUACGUUACCGUCCAGUGCUGGUCUCCGUGUCCACCACUUACGUUGCCCUCCAGUGCUGGUCUCCGUGUCCACCACUUACGUUGCCCUCCAGUGCUGGUCUCCGUGUCCACCACUUACGUUGCCCUCCAGUGCUGGUCUCCGUGUCCACCACUUACGUUGCCCUCCAGUGCUGGUCUCCGUGUCCACCACUUACGUUACCGUCCAGUGCUGGUCUCCGUGUCCACCACUUCCUCGUAGUGUCACGUAUAACAGAACGGUGAAGUAUUUUUGGUGACCUGCGUUUAUGGAGGGACAGAACUGAGUGUCAGAAGCCUGCCAGAAGUUACUUGUAGGGAUCACUCAGGCAAUACGGGAAGAUAACAUCCCCAUGACGAGGCGGUGUGUGUCGGGCAGGCAGCUCUUCACCAUGUCGCCUUCCACACGUGUCUCAAUAUUCAUAAUGUUUUGGCUACUGACAGAGGGUUGGUGCAGCCAACCUACACACAGUUCUGCUGGCAACUCACUGAUGAGUCUACACGCGGACAUGACAACCCACUCUGUACCAACACCACUGCCGCCGCGCGUCUCUCAGCUCCCGGUCUCUCAGGAAGAUGCAGCAGGUGCUCAUGGCGCAUUGAAUCACCUCAAAGUGGCUGGGAGAAGUGAUGUUGGUGACGAUCAUACAGUAAUAUUCGUGAAAGACUCGGAGAUCAAGACACCCGUUACACAAGAGGAGCCAAGUCGCUACGAUCAUGAUGCUGAUGAAGCACUCGCGAACAACACCCAACUGAACAUGCCAAUAAUGGGUGUAAGUGAAGACAGUGUUGUGCGGGCAGUUGCGACAAGCCAUAACACAGUGGAUGAUAUUAUGAUGAGAACAAGUGUACUGAACGUCUCUUCAGACCCCCAUCAGAAGCACACUCGCAUCAACAGAACUUUAAGAAAUAUACACCCGUUAAAGAAUAUGACUCUGGCAGGCCACGCACAAGACGAUGAAGAACUAGUGAACAGUGAUCACAUGAUCGGAAACACCAACACUAACAUCUUAAGGCGUAAUUCUGCUCAUGAUAGAUCCCAGAAACCAGUACAAUCUGUACCUGCUAAAAGUACUAAUAAUGUAACAGUAAAGAGAUACAGGCGUGUCCCACUCCAUGAUGAUGUUCCAGUGAACAAAGAAAGCUUUCUCUUGCAGUCUGAUGGUCAAAAGACAAUGCUGGAAUCGAACUCACGGAAACAUGAAAAUUCAACCAUUGUUGAAGACAUUUCUGAGGAGACGCCAGUGAGGAAGUGCUUCGGUAUCAAUGAAUUCUUUAACUUUAGAACUCGUAGACGUGAAACGCUGAAGGACAAUACAGCGUUCACAAUACUGGUGCGUAGCCUGCUGGAGAAGAAUGUGAAUACCGACCUGAGGAUCGUCCCUUUAAGAAUGGGACAAUGCAAUGACCCUGGUGAUAAGAAAACACUUGAAUCAAUAGACUUUACGUCUCACUCCAUCUUACCUUUUGGUUACCUAAGAGACCUUAAAUCAAAACUUAAUUAUGAUCAAUAUCACUACUGUUUGGAAAUGGAAGCUCCAGGUGCUGAGAAUAUUUCCUCUGGCAUUCUUAGCAAAAUUUUCUGUCCAUUACGACCCAUUGAGGUUUCCACAAGGAAGUGUUGCGGCCUCAACGAAUACUUCAACCUUACUGAUAAACACUGUCAUCCGAGGUCGUCCAAUGUGAGUGACUAUAAUGAUUUAGUGCAAGAAUUCACAAGGAAUUACCCAGGAGUGACGUCCAUCCACUGGAACACCUCGAAGCUCAUUUGCAGGCACGGUGAGCCCCGAAGAGUCAGCAGCUACCAAGCCUUUCUCGACUCCUCGAACCAACUGUGUGAACGUCAGUCUGGGCAAUGUUACCCGAGCUCACUCUACUGUAUUGAAUAUUCAUGGGCAGAAGGUACUCCAGCGAUGGUGGCUGAGGCAUCGUUAUGUCCCGUUGACUCCUUCUACAAAUGCUGUCCCCGCGGCCAUAUACUCACUAAGUCUGGCUGCAUUAGUGCCUCGAGGGAAGAUGUCUCGCCAUAUAUGUUGCAGUUGCUGGAAGAAAUGGAACCUAAAUUUGGUAUUCCUGCUAGAACCAAUGAUUGCCAUUGCGUUGAAAAGCUGAUCAAUGUUAGUGACUCUAAUAUUCACUGGUGGAAGAGCAAGCCUCAAUAUCCCCAAGUAGACAUAAAGGCAAAAAAUUCAUCUGCCAUUCGGUACUGUGUAGAUGAUUAUCGCGGCCCGGACAACCACACUGUAACAGUUGCUAUCGAGUGUUACACCGAGGUGGGGAACGUACGCAAGUGUUGUCCCAGCGGCCAGUACAUGGAGAUUGAUACUUGCGUCACCGACAGUCUGGGACUCUCACUACUGCACGACCCUCUGCUGAGUGCAGCUAACCUAACAAAGCUGACUGAUAACUCUUUCCCUACUUGUGAAACUGAAAACGGCUACCAUCUUUACUACAUGGACAGGAGGCCCUCCGAGGACUAUGGGGAGAUGAUGGACAACCAGGAGCUACAGCUGGUAAAUAUGGACGCGGGCUGCCGCCUUAAUAAUAAAAUUAUCAAACGUGAGAAUUACUGCCUUGAAUACUUCGGAAACGCUACAGUCCAACAUCUGAAGGUGAUGAUGUGUGUAAGGUCGUCCAAGGACUUGGACGUGAACCGCGAAAAUUUGUGGGUGAAGGCGGUGCUGCUGACCUUGUCCUGCGUGGCCCUGCUGGCCACCACCUUGUACCUCCUCCCCCAGAAGGUCAACAAAGGCUACUCCGUCAGAAAGGUGAAGACGCUGGCUGGGCGGCUCCAGUUGAGCUACGUGUUGACCUCCCUGGUUGGGUUCCUGCUCCUGGCCGUCAACAUGGUCGUACCGUUUUAUCAGGACAGUCUUGCGUGCUACAUCAUGUCCGGCCUCCUCACCUUCUUCCUCCUGGCGGGCUUCCAGUGGAACACCUCCAUUUGCCUCGAGGCUCUGCUGAUAACACUGAGGUUCGGAAUGUUUGGUGAAGAUGAGGGCUGGCGGUACAUACUACACUCACUGUGGGCUUGGGGCGUGCCGGGGCUCAUCACCAGCCUCGCCCUCACCCUCAACCACUACCGCGCCUCCCUCCCCUGCAGCGUCAUCACCCCCAGGAUUGGUCUCUACAACUGCUUCUUCUCCGACCAGAAGGCCAAACUGGUGUAUCUGUACGUGCCCAUGUUACUGACGCUGUGUGCCAACACCUUCCUGCUCCUCGCUUCUCGCUGCGUCCGCUCAGCAAACCUGCGCCGAAUGGAAAAGGGUAAAGUGGAGACCACGACCGCGGAGGACGGCCGCACCGUUGUUACUUCUCGGCACUUGGGACUUAGCUCCCACCGGACCCAAAACCUGUUGACGGAAGGUGUGAUUAUGGUGAUGUGGUCCGGGGCGAUGUGGUUCAUGGAGGUGAUUGCCUUCUUAGUGGCAUUCAACAGCGUCGAGCCCUCACAUGCUUGGUAUAACUACCUGUGGUAUAUUCCCUCGAGCCUUAACUGCCUGAGAGGGAUAGGCAUCUUCCUCAUCGUGGUGUUGACGCCUGAGAACCGAGGCAAGCUGGCGCGAACAUUUAACAGAGUGAUCCGGUCCAUGACGGCCUGCUGCAUCUCCCUGGACCCGACGGCUCGCUCCACGUCUUCUGAUGUCAAUGCGGUGGGCAUCCAACCUUCCAAGAUGCGUAUAAACGAGGGAUUUGAUCUAAACACUGAUGUCACUUCUGAUGUGGCAUUAAGUUCUUCAUUAGAUGCUUCUGAACUCGGGCCAGGAAAAGGUGAGGCUGACGUGUCAGCCAAACGUUAUAAAAAAUCCCAGUGAAGUUUGCCUACUGUUUUACUGCUAGCAAGUGACCGUAACCAUGCCACCGCUGUCCACUGGAUGGGUGUGGUGUGCAUAAUAGAAAACUAAACUAUAUUUUUAUGUCUAACUAAUUUGCCACUUAUCUACGGUGUGGCAGAACCACACCCAUCCUCCCACUGGAUGGGUGUGGUGUUCAUAAUGGAAAAUUUAACUAUAUUUUUAUGUCUAACUAGUUUGCACCUUAUCUACGAUACGGAUAUGUGCCCCAGAAUGUAUUGAUUAAAAAUCCUUUUCUAGUAGUGAGCACAGGAAUCAGGUAUCCUUCCUGCUAGAUAUUUGGAAUUAAUAAAAAAUUACUAUGA